AUGACGAAUUUGACUGGUCUGGUAGAUCCAGUAUCUAUUUUAUUAAAUAUUCCAAAUGUUUUAGCCUAUAUUCGUAUUCUUUUAUUAUACGUAUCAAUAAAAUAUUUCAGUUGUAAAAGAUAUAGUCGAUUUUUGCUCAUUUAUUUCAUCAGUGGUUUAUGUGAUCUAGCUGAUGGUGAAUUAGCUCGAUUAUUUCAUCAAACUUCCAUUGUUGGAGGUGUAUUUGAAAUUUUUCUAGAUCAAUUUUCUCAUCUUAUUUUAUAUGUAUGUACUGCUUGUUUGUAUAGAAAUUAUAUGGUCUAUUUUUUAUUUGAAAUUGGUAUUGAAAUAAUGAAUGAUAUUGUCAAUUUUCAUGUAAAAACAUUAAAUAUUAAAUCAAUUGAGGAACAAUGGAAUUCAUCGAAAACCAUAUGGUUACACCAACAAAAUUUUAUUGAUCAAAGUUUUUUAUAUAAAUAUAUCGUUUAUGGUACAGAUAUAUUCCAUUUUACAUUGAUUAUUUAUUAUAUUAUUAAUAAAGACCAACAAUAUAAUUUUAAAGAAAUUGAUUAUAAACAAAUGAUACCAUCAUUUAUUUUGCAAAUAGUACCAUUGAAGAUAAUUGAACGUAUAAUAUAUUAUACAAUUUGGUUAACUCUAUUUUCGUCUAUACAAAGAUCAUUAAUUAAAAUAUUUCAUAUACUACAUACAUUAGAAAAUAUUGCAAAAUUUCAAAACUUUUUAAAAUAA